CUCGAAACUCUCAUGUACAAUGCCACAAAAAACUUUUUUUGCUUAUACCGCGCUGUAAUCCAUCCUUUCUACCGUUUUUGCUCUGCGAUCUGAUAGGUUGGGUCGUAGCGUUUGCGGGCUUCUAUAAUGGACGGUUCGUAUGCACUACCGAACGGGGGAUACACCCAGCAGAUGAAUACAAAUGGAUGGGCAAAUCACAACCUCGACGAGGACAACUUUGCAGAGCCUAAAGGUGUAUCAAUGCGAUCUUUUGAUGCUUUUCCAAAGGUUAAGCCAAGUUUUACCGUCAAAGGUUCACAUACAGGUUCUGCGUGGACUCUGCUCUUGAUAGUUGCCACAAUAUCCCUUCUUAUAAGUGAAACAAGACGAUAUUUUGCAGGCAAUGUAACCCAUUCUUUUACAGUGGAAAAAGGCAUCUCUCACCAACUACAAAUCAAUCUAGAUAUGAUCGUGGCUAUGCGUUGCCCUGAUAUCCACGUCAACAUACAGGAUGCGGCUGGAGAUCGCAUUCUGGCAGCAGAUAUGCUUCAACUGGAUCCGACAACGUGGCGCCAGUGGGAUAAGAUCGCAGGGGAUCGCCUGAAGAAUACAAUUGAUGAUGAUGCGUAUGGUGCUGGAGCAGACGAAGAUGUGCAUGAUUACCUCGGGGCUGCAAAUAGCAGGAAGAAGUUCAAGAAGACGCCGAAGGUGAUAGGGACGGACAACGCGUGUAGAAUUUAUGGAUCAAUUGAGGGCAACAAAGUGCAGGGUGACUUCCACAUCACGGCACGAGGACAUGGAUACAUGGAGUUCGGCAUGCACCUGUCUCAUGAUCAAUUCAACUUCUCUCACAUCAUAAACCACCUAUCUUUUGGUCCUCACUACCCCCUCCUUACCAAUCCGCUUUCAAAAACCCGGACCACCACAGACAAGAAUUUUUACAAGUUCCAAUACUACACUUCUAUUGUACCCACUAUAUAUACCACCAAUCCUUCGACAUUGACGCUCUCUCCUCCGGAACAUAUCGUUGACCCGUCAUCGAACUCCUACACACCGGCAACCAGUAUGUGGAACCGCGACACCAUUUGGACGAAUCAAUAUGCUGUCACGGAACAAUCACACGCUGUAAACGAAAUGAAUGUUCCAGGCGUGUUUUUCAAGUACGACAUUGAGCCGAUCCUGUUGCUUGUGAGUGAGGAAAGGGGAAGCUUUAUGUCAUUUCUAGCUAGGUUGGUAAACGUGGUCAGCGGCGUGCUUGUGGCUGGCAGCUGGUGCUUUACAUUCAGCGAUUGGGCGGUCGAAACGUGGCUCGUAAAGAAAGGUAGAGAGCGACUAGGAUUUUUGGGGCACGGCCGAGGAGGGGAGAAGUUUGUAUGACAUUAUGCGCUGGUUGUAACUUAGCAUUGGGCAGGAGUUUUGCAAUCGAUGAUUUGAUUUAGUAUAUAGGCCAACAUUGCACGAAUAUUCAUAUCUCCCAUGUUGUUCUCUG